AGCCGCGUGAUUUUCACGUGUAGGCCGAGUAGCCCUUCGAGUACCGGGCCGUCAAAAGGCUGAUCGCGGCGAAAUUACGAAAUCAGCAAAGAGUCUAUUUUUUUUACGGCGGCUGAAGGAUAGAGGCGAUGUAAACCUGCCCCCCCCCAGGGGCGGGUGUCCGCUAAGCAGACGCUCCUCCUCCGGCCUGUGCCGUACGUGCGAAAUGCCGAUGUUCCCGUGGAGGAACGAGAACAGGCGAGACUGUGCUGAUCCCGGCAUUCAUACUGUACCCUCCGCCGCUGGCAGCCUUCAUAUGAUUAAGUAGGAAAGAACUCGGUAAUUAAAAGAAAAAACCGUGCACAUUGCGGGAAGAUGCAUUAAGAAGAGGAGUGAAUGAGCUCCCAGACUCCGAUGCAUGCCUGCACCGGCCGGAAACUAACUGAAGGCUUUUAAGACAGUUGUGCUGUUCGCAGCGUUCGAGGGGCAGCCGGCACCAUGGCCGACGAGGAGCUCAUAUUCAGCAUGGAGGGAGUGGGCAGCGUCGGACGGGGCAAGGUCGCACGGGUCGACUCCGUUACCGACGACGACGAGGACUAUUACAUAUGUCCCAUUACGGAUGACCCCAUGAGCCCCACCAAGGAGAUCUGCGGUUACUUGAAGAAUUUCGUCCAUGAGAAGCAGCUCUCCGCCACUCCGCCGAAAACCUCCUUCACAUAUAAGAGCACUAAAGGGGAUGAGCCUGAGCAGGAAUCAGUCAGGUUUGGGUCUUUAAACGAAAAAGGUCGGGCCGCCUGGAAACACGCCAUCCAGAAGGCCAGGGCUAUGCCAGAUCCAUGGGCUGAGUUCCACCUGGAGGAUAUCGAGACCGAGCCCUGCGUCCGAUAUAGGUACAGUGCUGUUACUGGUGAGUGGGCCCAGGACAAAGUUUACAUCAAGAUGGCCACCCAGCCGUUUGGACGGGGUGCCAUGAGGGAAUGUUACAGAACCAAGAAGCUGUCAAAUUUUUCGCAUAGCAGCAACUGGAAAUCGGCGUCCAACUAUGUAGCCAAGCGCUACAUGGAGACGGUGAGCCGGGACGUCUACUUCGAGGACGUCCGGCUCCAAAUGGAAGCCAAGUUAUGGGGGGAGGAGUAUAACCGCCAUCGCCCCCCUAAGCAGGUGGACAUCAUGCAGAUGUGCGUGCUGGAGAUGCCUGAAAGACCAGGGAAGGCGCUUUUCCACUUGGAGCAUUACAUCGAGGGCAAAUACAUCAAGUACAACUCCAACUCCGGCUUCGUCAGGGACGACAACAUUCGCCUGACGCCCCAGGCUUUCAGCCACUUCACCUUUGAGCGCUCUGGACACCAGCUCAUAGUCGUGGAUAUUCAGGGGGUGGGAGACCUCUACACUGACCCCCAAAUCCACACUGACAAGGGGACAGACUUCGGAGAUGGCAAUUUGGGUGUGCGCGGCAUGGCGCUCUUCUUCCACUCCCACCUAUGCAACAAAAUCUGCAAGAGCAUGGGCUUGACGGCCUUCGACCUGUCCCCGGCUGAGAAGGGCCAGCUGGACUGCACGAGCAAGCUGCUGCAGUCGGCCAAGACGGUGCUGCGUGGCUGUGAGGAGCCCUGCGGCUCCUCCAGGGUUCGCACCUUUUCCACGGGCCGCAUGCCCCCCCUCCUGACCCGCCUGUCUGAGACCUCAUCCAUGGAAGAAGGUCUCAGCGACCAGGACUCCGUUCCCUGCUCCCCCCUGCAGUUCAGCAGCUCCAUGGGGAAAUCUCCACUGGGGUUGUUAUUAAUGAACGAAAUGCACCCGCAUGGCGACUCGAACCACGAGAACCGGUCAGACCACAAGGAUCAGGAGAGCAGCGGAGACAGCGGCUAUCCCAGCGAGCGCCGCAGCGAAGGAGACCCCAACGACCACAAUGACAAGAUCGGCUCCCACAGCAGACGACGGUACGAGUCGGACGAGGACAGUAUCAAAAGGCUAACGGAGGAGAAGUGGAGCUUCCUGCACACUUCUCGCUCGCACGUGCAUCGGCCUUCCUGCGUGGCCGUGGAGGUGGAGAGGCUCAAUGCACUGGAGCUGGAAAGGAAGAUCGGCAAAUCCAUCCUGGGGAAGGUCCACCUGGCCAUGGUACGGUAUCACGAGGGAGGCCGCUUCUGUGAGAAGGAAGAGCAGUGGGACCAGGACUCGGCACUGUACCACCUGGAGCGGGCGGCCAUGUGUGGCGAGCUGGAAGCCAUCGUGGCGCUGGGCCAGAGCUACUUGCAGCUACCUCACCACGUCCUCCCUGAAGUCACACUGCAGGACAGUGAAGAGAACCGGAAAAAGGGCUUUGAGUUUCUGCUGCAGGCUGCCAAGGCAGGAGACAGACCCUGCAUGAUACUGGUGGCCAGAGCAUUUGACACAGGAACAAAUCUGUCAGCUGACAGGACGCAGAGCUGGGUGGAGGCCAUACACUGGUACAACUGUGCCCUCAACAUGAUGGACUACGACGAGGGCGGCGAGUUUGACGGCAUGCAGGACGAGCCGCGCUACCUGCUGCUGGCCAGAGAGGCCGAGAUGUACAUGAGUGGAGGGUUUGGUCUGGAGCCGGAUCCCCAGCGAUCAGGGGAUCUCUUCACAGAAGCUGCGGAUGCUGCGAUGGAGGCUAUGAAGGGCCGGCUAGCCAACCAAUAUUACAUGAAGGCGGAGGAGGCCUGGGCAAUGUUGGAGGAGUGAGGGUGGG